AUGGAUACAUCUGUAGAUCAUACAGAUGGAAAGAGAAGAGGAGCAGGAGGAGCAUAUAAAAGAAGAGUGAGUAAAGGUGGCUCAUCAAUCAUCCCAAACAACCCGUUGAAUGCUUCCAUUGCAACCAACACACAACAAAAGGAUGAGAUUGGCAAUGUAAAUAUAUUAUCGUAUUGGAAUGAAGAUGAUGAUGAUAAGAAUAAGAAUAAUAAUAAUAAUAAUAAUAAUAAUAAUAAUAAUAAUAAUAAUAGUAGUGACAUUACUACUGAUGCUGCUAAAGAAGUUGAACAAUUAGAUGAACCAACCAUUAAAAUAGUGUCAGAAGAGGAUGAAGAUGAGGAGGAACAAGAGGCCCAAGAAGAGGUCCAAGUAGAUGAAAACUUUUUUGAAUUCCCAUCUACACCAGCUCGAUCAAAGAUGUCUGCAAAGACACCUGCCAAGACACCUUCAACAUCAUCAAAGACAAGGACAAAGACAAACACCACCCCUACAAAGACAAACACCACUCCUUCAAAGGGAUCUGCAAAGAAAUCGAUCACCAUCGAUACCAAUCCAGACCUUGCAUCACCAACAACAUCAACACCUUCAAGAGCUCCUCCAACUGCAAAGUCACCAUCAAAGGCAAAGACUCCUACAAAGACUACUCCUUCAAAGGAACUACAACAACAAAAAGAGCAAGAACAAGAACAAACACAACCAAAGACACCACAACCCAAACCACCAAAAACACCAACAUCAUCAAAGAAAAAGAGUGCUGCCAAGUCGGCUAGCAAAACAGCUGCCUCUUCAACAACAAAGUACCCCAAGUCACCCUCUGAUAAUAAUAACAACAAUCAAAACAAUGUAAAUCCAGAUGUAAUCCCAUUCAAUCUCGAAGCUGAAAGACUUGAAAUGGAAAGAGUUGAAAAAGAACGUUUGGAAAAUGAAAGAUUGGAAAAUGAACGACAAAUUGAAAAGGAAAGAGUUGAAAAGGAGAGAGUUGAAAAGUUGGAAAAAGAAAGAUUGGAAAAGGAACGACUUGAAAUGGAAAGAGUUGAAAAGGAGAGAGUUGAAAAGUUGGAGAGAGAUCGUUUGGAAAAGGAGAGAUUGGAAAAAUUGGAAAAAGAAAGAUUGGAAAAGUUGGAAAUUGAAAGAAGAGAAGCCAAGGAAAACUUGGAGAGAGAAAAGAGAGAAAGAGUGGAGAGAGAAAAGGAAGAGAGAGAUAAACGAGAACAACAAGAACAAGAGGAACGAGAACAAUGGGAAAAGGAACAACAAGAAAAGAUGGAGGAGAUGGAGAGACUGUUGCGUGAAAAGCAAGCAAGAAGAGAGGCACAGGAAAAAGAGAAAAAGGAACGUGAACAAAGAGCACGUGCUGAAAAGGAAGAGACGGAGAAACAGUUCCUCUUGGGAGGCAGGGAUCGCAAGAGCACCUUGCAAGAGACCGAGGACGCCAUCACCCAAUUCAAGCAACAGCUCGAGACGCAGGCCAAGAGUCUGAUCGAGGAGCGUUCACAGGCCGAUGAAAAGGAUAUCCAGCAGACGAUGACUUUGCAGCGAGAGAUGGAGGCUCGUGUCGAGGCUGAACGCAAGGAACGAGAUUUGCGCGAGGAAAAGGAGCUCAAGGAGCGCCAACGCGUUGAAAAAGAAGCCGAGCAAAAGAAGCGUGCCGAACAAGACCGAGUGGAAUGCGAACGUUUGGAAAAGGAGAAGCGCGACCAGACCGAGGAAAAGGAGCGUUUGGAACGCGUGCAAAAGCAAAAAGACAAGGAGGAAAAGGACAAAAAGGAGCGCGAGGAGCGUGCCGAGCAAGAGCGACGCGAUGCAGCCAAAAAGGCCGCCGACGAAAAGUCCAAGCAGGAGAGCUUGGCGUCGGCCAAGGAAAAGGAGCGUCUGCUUGCCGAGCGUCGUGCACUCUAUGAAAAGGACAAGUCGGAAAAGGAGGCGUUGGAACGUGCCAAGAAGAAAAAGAUGGAGAUUGACAAUGAAAUCAUGGUCAAGGCGAUGGACGCCCAGUUUGAAGAGCAGGCGAGAAAGAUCCAAGAAGAUGCAGCCCGCGACAAGGCACAGCGUCUUGAAAAGAGAAAGAGGGAGCGUGAAGACGCCGCCAAGCGCGAGCGCGAGGACCGCGACCGUUUAGAACGUGAAGAACGCGAGGAACGACGAAAGCGAAGUAUGAAGCUGGCCGGCGCGAUGGGUUUCUCUAACCCUGCUGCGGGAGGUGCUCUUCCCGCAUCGCUUGGCAUGGGUCCCAACCCACCAAGCUCGAUCAAGCCAGUUGCUACCCACCAUCAUCACCACACGGACCUGCUCAACCAGUCGAUCGCUGCAUUGAUGACACCUAAGCAGACAUCGUCGUCGCUGGUUGCUGCCUACCAUAACACAAAUCCCAAUACAUCCGCACUCCUUUUCACGCCCAUGUCUAGUCACUAUCACCAAAACAGCACUGUACUAUAUACUCCUCAACUCUUAACCCCUGGCUACCGUACGGGAUUCUCCCACUACCCAAACACUGCAUCCAAGCAACAGCCAGCAGCAGCAGCAGAGGAGAGUGAAGAAGACAGACGAAACCGCCUGCUCAAUCUCUACGACAUCAAGUCGCUGGCUCGCAUGCCUACGGCGGUCACUGAGCAAGAGCUCAACAUUCUCAAGGACAUUGAGCGUAUGAACAACAACUAUUAUGCCAUGAACGAGCGUGUGGCCCAACUUGCCAACCUCCAAUUUACCGUGCCCUCGUUCACCGCACCCCCUUCUUUAAAUCUCAAACUCUCUAUUCUUGAAAAGGAGCAGUUGCAACAAGUGGAUGACGCCGCUGCAGCAGCUGCAGCAGCCAACCAAUCACUCUCACUCGAAGAUCUCGGCGGAAACAAGUCGCCUGAUAGAAAUGGUGAUUCCACCAACCCACGUGUAUUCAAGACUCCCAGUCGCUCGACAGUCGCCAAAAACAAGUCAACUACCAAGUCGACGGUCAAAAAGAAUCCCGCCAACUUCCAAGCAGCCAUAGUGUCAUCGGCCACCAAGUUUGGGUACCCAACCGAGGAGCCAUAUGUCUCGGACAGUGAAGGCGACUCAUCAACCUCAUUCUCCAAGUACACCGAUUCAUUUACUCAUGCAGACUAUGAAACUGAGGAUGGAUCCCGAGAUCUUGAUGACUCUGGUCUUUUCAAGUCUGCCAUGAAGGUCAAAGUUAAUCCAAAAAAUACUAAUAAUAAUAAUAUCACCAAAAGUCUUUUUGAUUCAAUUAAUAAUGAUGAAAGGGAAAUCACUCCUUUAAAGAAAAAAUCUUCAUCCUCCUCAUCAUCAACCAUCAUACCAACUACAUCAACAACCUCUACUACAUCUACCAGUACUUCAACAGCAGCAGUUGAUAUUUCCAAACCAUCAUUUAAACCAUUUUCAAGAAUGAAGAAAUCAACAAUGAUCAAACAAACUAGAACCAUUGAUUCUGAAGAUGAAAGUGAUGGAGGAAAAGUCCAACUAAAGAAAAGAACCAUUAAAAAAGUUACCAUUGUUGAAGAACCUUUGGUUUCACCAAUUAAUACCAAAAAUAAUAAUAGCCAACAACCAAGUAACCCUAAACCAGUAUUAAAGAACAAACAUUUAGAAAAGGAAAUUCUUGGAGUCAAACCAAUGGCAUCACCAAGAACUCUUGUACAAUCAAGUGUUAGUAAUGCAAGAGCAAGAAGAAACGCAAAAAUGAAAGAAUCUUUGGGAAACCCUAAUAAUAAUAAUAAUAAUAAUAAUAAUGUAAAUAGUACGGCAACAAAGAAUAGUAAAAAAGGUGGAAAAUAA